AUGGAAUCCUCUGUUAUCGCCGCUACGCAGAGCGUAAAGCUGCGAACGUCGGCCGAUUGGAUCGAUUGGAUACGUGCUAUCCGCGAUGCCGCCGAAACCGAUCGGGUAUGGGAGUUCAUCGAUCCCGAUACCCCUGAGAGUAUUCUACCGAAACCGAGAGAGUGCCCUGAACCACCGUCCCCCGAAGCGAAUGCAACGGCGAUCGAUCUAUAUAAGAUUAAUUAUCAGCGAUGGGAUCGAGAGGAGAGAGGACUGGCCAAUAUCAAGAGAGUGAUUAUGGCAACCAUUGAAGCUGCAGUUAGGGACCAGCUGUAUGAUAAGCCUACUGUUUAUGGAUGUCUAGUGACGUUGAGAGACCGAUACUCUGACUCUGGAAACCUCAAUGAGGAAUAUCGCCAAGAUAUGUACAAUGCAGUGUAUCCCCCGCGGAAAGGUGAGGAUGUAAAAGCAUUCGUACGUCGUUGGGAGAGGAUGAGAGAUCGGAUGAUUGCCAUUGGUGAGACUCAAAUGCAGUUCAAUAAGGACUUCCUAUUGGCAGUGAAGCAUUUAGCACCAAUGUGGUACACACAACAGCUUCGACCCAUCACGAUCGAGAGCAUCAAGAUGGAUAACAGUGUGUUGGCGAACGACUUCCUGGCUCACUACCGCGAGCACUAUGGUAACGCACCUGCACCGGCACCACCGACCAACCUGCGAGGUAAUCCAGCACCGAGGUCGACAUUUUCGACCCUCCAGGACAGUCCUGAGGCUUCGCCUGAUUUGGCAAGCACGACAAACUCAGCUAAUAAGAAGAGGCGGUCGUUAAAAGACGUGCCAAUAGCUGAACGCUGGUGUCCAUGCGGCAAGAAAGAUCAUAAACCAUGGGAAUGUCCGUAUCUUAAUGAAAGGAAGAGAUCAGCUAACUGGAGCGCCAAUUGGAGAGCUCAAGGCAAGAUCAACCGGAUUCUGAAGGAUCAUCCUGAAUGGAAAGAAUUCAUCGACAAAGAGAUCAAGCUAGUCAACCAGCAUGAUUCAGCCGAAAACCGGGGAACUGCCCUAGGAACUUGGCCAAUGACGACACUGGCACUGAAUUGUCUGAAUCAAAAACCGCACCUAAGGGAUGAAUGGGUAUUUGAUACAGCAGCGCAUCGUCAUAUCUGCGUGGACCGAGAUUCGUUCAUUGAUUAUAUCCCUGAUGAAUCAGUCGUCAAAACCGCUGAUAGCGUCACUCGUAUCUUAGGAUAUGGAACGGCAGUAAUGCACUGCGUCGAUCCUAGAACGGGUAGCAGAAACAGUGUCAAAUUGCAUAAUGCCUGUUAUUUACCGACCUUCCAAGCCAACCUAGUCUCGUAUGGUUGUGCAAAGGAACGUGGCUGCCAGUGGGACGAGAUGAACAACUGCAUGAGAGACCCAAGAGGCAUCCCAUUUGCACGUGUAGCCUGGAACGAGAGUGCAAAACUUUGGCUGUUUGAUAAGCCACAGGGUACCGGUGGAACUGCUAGCUCAGAGAGGGAGUGCACCGCUGAGUAUGCAAUGGCAGCGCGGAGGUCGACGGCACCAAGGACCUCUGAAGCAUUGUUAGAUGUGUGUCAUCGCAUAUUGGGACACAUACAUCCAAAGACAGUGAAGAAAACGGCUGAGAUGGUGGAAGGAGUCAAGAUCAAGGACCCUGAAUCAACUUGCAUAACCGAGUUCCCGUGCCAGGCGUUUCUAUAUCUGGCCACCCGUUUUUUGAAGAUACCACUCGUUGGAAUUCACUCAGAUAAUGAACGCUCAGUGACAACUGAUACUGAACAAGAACUGGAAGGAAUUGGCUUUGUGGUGACACAUACUGUGGUGCAUAGUGCUGAGAUGAACGGCCCCGGUGAACGCUCAGGGGGUGUCAUUAUUCAGAAGGCGAGAAAUCUGCGUAUUGAAGGUCAAUUACCCGAAGCUUUGUGGCCAGAGAUGGUAUACGCUGCGGUGUAUAUAUUGAACAGGACCCCAACACGCAUCGAGGAUGGAAGGUGGAUAAUACCCUGGGAUGAAGCGCGAUCACACCUUGAUCAAACCUAUGUGAGGUCACAUCUUUCGUGUUUGAGAUUGUAUGGCAGUCUCACCUACUGCCGGACACCGAAUAUUCCCCGUUCUCAUAAGCUCCGGCCUCGCGCGGAAGUUGGUUUCUUGGUUGGUUAUCAGGCUUCGAAUGUCUGGAGAGUUUGGAUGCCGUUACCUGGUAGGAUUCAAAGCGUACGUGAUGCUGUGUUUGACGAAUCGUGUCGCUGGUAUCCCGGUAUGCAGUAUUGGGAAGAGCACCCACUGCUGAUCCCAGAAACCCGCGAUAUCCUCAAUGAUCGUGAGGAAUGGCGUGUUAUCCACCGCGAGAUAGGUCUUCCUGAUGAUUGGAUCAAGACUCGAAUCGGUCCUGAUGAAUCUGGCAUUGCAUUGCCGAACCCAGCACCUGUAAACACCCAAACAGUCAGUGAACAGGCUGGAAAUGAGGAAGGCGGCAGUGAAGAGGACAGAGAGGAAGCAGCUGAUCGUGAAGCGACACCUGCGCCUACCCACGUUGAGGCUGCGCAGCAGUACACUCCGCCACCUACUGUUGAAAAACCAUCUCGACGAUCGAAUCGAUCACCUGCUCUACCAGAGUUUGAAGACCAGCAGGUUAACCAGCCUCAGCAGCAGCAGGAUUAG